AUGGACGGGAAGACCCGCGCCGGGGUCGCGCUGGUCCCGGGGCCGAGCGGCCACGGGCCUUCCGCCCGCUGCUGCCGGCGUCGCCGCCGCCCGGGGCUGCUGCUCCCCGGCCUCUGGCUGCUGCUGCUGACCCGGCCGGCCUCGUGCGCCCCAGACGAGCUGUCUUCGGAAGGGCCCCGCCUUUCUCCCUCCUCCCCGGAGCUCGGGCACAGCCCUGCACACGUGGCCUUAACAGAAACCGCCCCAGGGUCCCCGCAGAGCCGUGCUCUCCACGUCAUGUCAUCUCCCUCCGCCGCGACUUUUGAUACAGCCUUUUCCAACCAAGGAACACUGACCCAAAGUCCAACGGAUCACAGCAUCUUUGUGGCAAGUUCCGUGUCAGUGACGAGCAACGAGGUGGUCAUAGAUGACGAUGAAAUGGAUAACUUUUUGCCAGAAACUCCGUGGGCCACCUCCCACGUGGUUUCUCCGAUUCAGUACACCACCGUGGGCCCACGGGAGCUGCCCGAGGAGACAUCAGGCCCCGUGCUGACACCAUCGCUGCCCAUGAUUUCGUCCCAAGAUGAAGAAGUGACAUCACCCUGGCGAGACACCGUGCAACCCACAACCCGCGCCGAGUCCCCCAGGCAUUUCAGUGCUUCGUGGUCACCUUCUCUCACUUCCAAGGGCAUGACUCCAACUCCUAGUAGGAAUUUGGUGCUUUAUCUGACUGACCCUUCUGGGCACUCAUCAAGCAGGACUUUGCUGGAGAUCGUGGCUUCAGGGACAGAGGGUGCAGAGACCCUCCUUUUUAGCUCGACGUCCUCAGUGCCUCAGCCAUUAGGCAAUGGCAUCACUCAACAGCCAUUUCCCGCCUCCGGCGAGGUCUCAGCACCUCCCGAGGAUGUUCUGGCUCCAGGUACAGACAGAUACCCCGAUGCGACCACUGCUUUGCAUUGGAGUCUGGAAGAAACCCUCUGCCCAGGACCGUCUCCUACGGCAGCUGCGUCGCACAGAGCCCUUGCUUCCAGAAGCAGCGGCAGCAGCCUGCAUCCGGCUCUGUUUUCCACCCCUCUCGCGUUCGUGUCCUUUUCUUCUCAAUCAGCGGAUGUUUCGUCUAACCCCGUUCGUCCCAGCAGCUCCCAGGAGGCAGCAGAAUUGCCUGGCAGCUCCGUGGUCCCAAGUCAGGUGGACGCCACUCACGUCUGGAGCCCGGGGUCUCCACUGAGACCGUCCACGUGGUGCGUGACCUGCGCUGUGGCGUCACCGCGGCACGUUCUGCCCACGAGCCUCCCGGAGAAGGACGUGGGAUCAGGGGACGGUGCUGAGACCAUGACCGUGUGGGAAGCGAGCAGCAUCGCGCCACCGAGCGGCGUGGUAGCGGACGUCUCUGACUUCGAGGAGGAGCCUCGAGAAUACAAUCUGCUUUUCCCCUCGAGACCAGUAGUUCCACUGUCUUCGCGACCCGUGGAAAUCUCAGAAACGGGCCUCGGCCUUUCUGUCGAGGUGGACGCGAGCAGCGUCACGAUCACACGAGUGUAUCCUUCCCACGGCCGCCUGUCCCCGCCGGGGCCACUUGAUACCGUUUCCUCUGGCUCCUGCUGUGUCGCUGAAACUCAAGUAACGCCACCCCGGGUGACAGCUGUGCCUCCUCUGGUCAUCACCCGUGUUCUCCUUGACUCAUCUUUCUCUGUCACAGCCGACGAACACACGCCGUCACUUGCUGCCAGCGUCCCAACUCUUUUUACGUCUUACGGUUUGGAUCCGUCGGUGGAACCUGCCAGUUUUCCCCCAGAAACCAGCAUUGUUUUGCAGUUUGCUUCCAGCUCUUUCUCAACCCCGCCACUGGGGUUCAGCAGCUCGGCCCCCUCCUCUCCCGGAGGACUUGCGUUUCCAUCUCCGGUGUCAAGUGACCUGUCCAGCUUCAUUGCUCAGGCCUUUUCCACUUCGGGCGAGACACCUGCACUGUCUGACGUGCUCAGUCUGUCGUCACCGCAGCCUUCUGUCCCUAAUUCCACCAAGCUCGACUUUCCUGCGCUCGGGCCGCGUUCAGACCUUCCUUUAAACGCGUCUGCGUUCCUGCCUCACCACUCUGAGGUGUCCUCGCCGUCAGGCCUCUACUCGGAGUCUCUCCAGGUCUCCGAAGCAGCAGCAGUUUCACUGACAGAUGCUGAAGCUCAUUUUACCUCAACUUUCACGGCAACUACCUCCUGUUCUGAGUUUUCACUCAUGUCCCAUGACUCUGCAGUCCCCACCCUGGCGCCGUCCAGGUCGGAGCCCACCCUUGACGUUUGGACUGCGGGGACUCACUUCACGUCACUUCUGACUGCUUUUCACACAACACCCACCUUAAUGGAAUCAUCUCUGUCUUCAACUCCAGCGCCUUUCGACGGUGGUAUCAGUGCCAUGGGUGAUCACGGGUCCGUCUUAUCCUCCUUCUCCGAGGUUGUUCCUUUCACUGCAGUAUUGGUCACCGCUGGGUCCCCGGCGUCAGCAUCCUCAUCUCUUUCUGAAGGGGUCCCCUCCCCUGCACCUACAGAGCCAAUAUCUGUGAGCCCCUCGUUCACACCCACAGACCUACUGAUGAACACCCCUGAGCUGAGCACAUCUCACCCCAGCCCUGCCCCUGACGUCAUCCCGGACAGCGUCCCUGAGGGCCAGGUUCCCCACCAGAGCAGCGGGGCCCUGCCCUCGCCACCCCUCCAUCCCGCGUCCACCUCCGCUCCUGAAGCAGCGGUCACUGCUCCGGCGGUCAUCACCACCAAGCCGCCGUAUGUGUGUGACAUCACGGUGCCCGAUGCCUAUUUGAUCACAACCGUGCUGGCCAGGAGAGCCGUGCAGGAGUACAUCAUCACGGCCAUCAAGGAGGUGCUGAGAAGCCACUUCAACCGCGCGGUGGAGCUCAAGGUUUAUGAACUAUUCGCUGACUUCACUUUUCUGGUAACAUCUGGUCCUUUUGUUUACACGGCGAUAUCAGUCAUAAAUGUGCUUAUAAAUAGUAAACUUGUACGUGACCAAACUCCUUUAAUCCUGGCUGUGAAACCUUCCUUCCUGGUGCCGGAGUCCAGGUUCCAAGUCCAAACGGUCCUUCAGUUUGUGCCUCCGAGCGUGGACACCGGCUUCUGCACCUUCACCCAGCGCAUCGAGAAAGGCCUGAUGACGGCGCUCGCUGAAGUGCGGAAGCACCGCCAGGGCGCCUAUAACCUCACGGUGCAGAUCCUGAAUAUCACCGUGGGUUCUUCCAGGGGGGCGCCUCGCCGGGGCCCCGUGAAUAUCGUCUUUGCUGUUAGAGGCCCGCAGGAGUUUUGGAACGGCACCCAAGUGAGCGAGCUGCUCAGGAACCUGAGCGAGGUGGAGUUCAGUUUCUACCUGGGGUACCCGGUGCUCCAGAUCGCGGAACCCUUCCAGUACCCGCAGCUCAACCUGUCUCAGUUGUUGAAGUCCUCUUGGGUACGAACAGUCCUCCUGGGCGUCGUUGAGAAGCAGCUUCAGAAUGAAGUGUUUCAGGCCGAGAUGGAGCGCAAGCUGGCCCAGCUGCUGAGCGAGGUUUCCACGAGAAGGCGGGUGUGGAGAAGGGCCACCGUGGCCGCCGGCAACAGCGUGGUGCAGGUGGUAAAUGUGUCCAGGCUCGAGGGAGAUGACAAUCCUGUGCAGCUCAUCUACUUUGUGGAGGAUCAAGAUGGAGAAAGACUUAGUGCAGCCAAGUCUUCAGAUCUGAUUAACAAGAUCGACAUCCAGAGAGCUGCCAUUAUCUUGGGUUACCGAAUUCAAGGCGCUGUUGCCCAGCCCAUGGACAUGGUGAAGAGGCCAUCGCCAGAGUCCCAGAGCAGCAACCUCUGGGUCAUCGUCGGCGUGGUCAUUCCCGUGCUAGUGGUGACGGUGAUCGUCGUCAUCCUCUACUGGAAACUCUGCCGCACAGACAAGCUGGACUUCCAGCCUGACACCGUGGCCAACAUUCAGCAGCGUCAGAAGUUGCAGAUCCCCAGCGUGAAGGGCUUCGAUUUCGCCAAGCAGCACCUGGGGCAGCACAACAAAGACGACAUCCUGAUCAUUCACGAGCCGGCUCCGCUGCCAGGCCCUGUGAAGGACCACACCACGCCCUCCGAGAAUGGAGAUGUCCCGAGCCCCAAGGCCAAGGUCCCCUCCAAGAACAUCCGUCACCGAGGAAGGGUCUCACCGUCGGAUGCUGACUCCACCGUGAGCGAAGAGUCCAGUGAGAGGGAAGCAGGAGAUAAGACGCCCGGCGCGGCCAAUGAUGGACCACCCGCACCCGGUUCGGGGAACGAGCAGCACUCAUCUGCCUCCAUCUUUGAGCACGUGGACAGGGUCUCCCGCUCCUCCGAGGCCAGCCGGCGGGUCCCCAGUAAGAUCCAGCUGAUCGCCAUGCAGCCGAUCCCCGCCCCGCCGGUUCACCACCCCGUCCUGGCCGACCGAGUGGCCGAAACCAACAAAAUUAACAAAGAGAUUCAGACGGCGCUGCGGCACAAGUCGGAGAUCGAGCACCAUCGGAACAAGAUCCGGCUCCGGGCCAAGCGCCGCGGCCACUACGAGUUCCCGGUGGUGGACGACCUGUCGUCGGGCGACACGCGGGAGCGACACCGGGUGUACCGCAGGGCGCAGAUGCAGAUCGACAAGAUCCUGGACCCCACGGCCAGCGUGCCCUCGGUGUUCAUAGAGCCCAGGAAGAGCUCGCGGAUAAAGCGCUCGCCCAAGCCACGCCGGAAGCAGCAGGUCCACGGCUGCCCCGGGGACGCGGAGAAGGACCGGCUCAUCACCACCGACAGCGACGGCACUUACAAGAGGCCCCCCGGGGUGCACAACUCCGCCUACAUUGGUUGCCCGUCUGACCCCGACCUCCCGGCUGAGAUGCAGACGCCGUCCUCCGCUGAGCUGGGCCGGUACCCAGGCCUGCCCUUCCCGGCCCCCCAGUACAUCCCGCCCCAGCCCUCCAUCGAGGAGGCGCGUCAGACCAUGCACUCCCUCCUGGAUGACGCUUUUGCCCUUGUGGCCCCCAGCAGCCAGCCUGCCAACGCUGCCGCGGGCCCCGGCCUGCCCGUGAACAGCACCCCUUCCCGGGAAGAGAGACGAGCCGCCCAGUGGGGGUCCUUCUACAGCCCAGCUCAGACGGCCAGCAACCCUUGCAGCAGAUAUGACGACUAUGGAAUGACCCCCCCAUCAGGCCCAUUGCCAAGACCCGGCUUCGGCCCCGGUUUGCUGCCGUCUUCGGAGCUGGUGCCUCCCGAGCCCCAGCAGCCACAGGCAUCGGCCGAAGCCCCGUUUGCUGCCCGAGGGAGCUACUCUGAGGACGUGCCGUCGGUGGCCCGGCCGCGGCCUGUCGGGGGCACCACAGGCUCCCAGAUUCAGCACCUGACCCAGGUGGGAAUUUCGAGCAGAAUCGGAGCUCAGCCCGUGGAAAUCCCACCAAGCAGAGGCGGCCAGUACGGGGGCCCAGGCUGGCCCUCGUACGGGGAGGAGGAGGCGGGCCGAAGAGAGGCCACCCACGCGAUCGGACAUCAGGAGUACGCUUCGCCGCUGUUCCAGGUGCCAAGGACUUCGGGCAGGGAGCCCUCCGCGCCCCCCGGGAGCGGCCCGCCCCGGGGGCUGCCGGGCGCCGCGCUGGCCUACGCCGCCAGCUCCACCGAGGACCUCCAGCCCGGCCACUCCUCCGCCUCGCUCAUCAAGGCCAUCCGCGAGGAGCUCCUGCGGCUGUCGCAGAAACAGACCUCGGUGCACAGCUUCCACAGCUGA